CGAAGAGCCGGCGGUUCGGGCACUCUCAGUCCAGACUCACAGCUGCGACCGUCCACCUCGACAUCUGCAGACUCGAGAACUCGCCGACCACCAUGGCAGCUUAUGGAAGCGCAAUGGGACUCCUGCUGCUUCUCGUUGCUUGUGGAGGCAACCCGCUGUACGACUACCAACCGUUCGUGGGAUACCAUUACCCUGAUCUGACGACGGGAGCGGCAGGAGGCGGCUACUUCUACAACCCCCCGGUGGCGGCUCCAUCGGCCGUUGCCACCGGCUUCUUCCCACAGCACGUGCCCGCCUUCACGCUCACACAGGUCAGCAGGUCGGCCAUCUGCGCGCUCGUCAACACGUCCAUGUCGGAAGUGUCGGGCGAGGUGCGGCUGUUCCAGGGCAGCCCGCACGAGCCGCUGGUGGUGUCUGGAGUGGUGAGCGGCCUGGAGCCGGGGCUGCACGGCUUCCACGUGCACCGCGAGGGCAAGCUGGGCAACGACUGCGCCGACGCCGGGCCUCACUUCAACCCCGACAACUAUACCCACGGCGGCCCUCACGAUGACAGGCGCCACGCGGGAGACCUGGGCAACAUCGAGGCCGGCCCCACCGGCGUGGCAGACUUCGCGGUGCUCAGCGACCGGCUGUCGCUGGUGCCCGAGAGCAAGUACUACGCCGUGGGCCGCGCCGUCGUCGUGCACCAGAAGGAGGACGACCUGGGCAAGGGCGGCAACGACGAGUCGCUGCGCACCGGCAACGCGGGCGCGCGCCUCGCCUGCUGCGUCAUCCGGCCGCUGCACUUCUGAGGCGACCGACGCGGCCCGCUGUACUCAGCAGGCACUGCACACCGAGGCGUACGUGGAACACGGACGUGCGGUCGCUGACGGCAGCUGCAGGAAAUUGGGAACACUGGUGAACCUUCCCCAAAAGGAGUCUUUACAUGACUGGAAGACGUGUGAUCAGAACUACUGCACGAUGUGGCUACGCACAUUAGAAAAAAUCAAAAAUGUUCAAAUGUGUGUGAAAUCUUAUGGGAAUUAACUGCUAAGGUCAUCAGUCCCUAAACUUACACACUACACAACCUAAAUUAUCUCAAGGACAAACACACACAUCCAUUCUCGAGGGAGGACUCGAAUCUCCUCCGGGACCAGCCGCACAGUCCAUGACUGCAGCGCCCAGACCGCUCGGCUAAUCCCGCGCGGCCAUUACAAAAAGACAAGAAAAACAUGGCUCCAAUUCUUACUGUACGUAGUACUGGUCUAAAUUAGAAAAAACAUGUGUCAUAAAACAAAAUAAAUGUUGGGAUAGAGGCCAUCCUGUCUUAUAAUAGCAAUCUGUCCGUGGACACAACAGCAUCUCCUUACUGUAAUCACCAUUACUUCUUAUCCUUCAGUCCUCCUCUAAGAAUCACAAACUCUUGCAAAUACACCUGAUAGCCCCUAGACUUGCUCAAAUGCAUGUGGCGGCAAACACUCCUAUCGAUGAGUGUGGAAUACACCAAUGUCUUUAAUUACCCACAUUGCAAAACAUCAAAGGGAUUAAGUUCAAGUGAACGGGGAAGCUAUGUUACUGAACCUCGCUCAUUAAACCUAUGUACUGGGUACUUUUGUAGUUGUCUUUGGCGGCCGGAGUCGCCGAGCAGUUCUCGGCGCUACAGUCUGGAACCGCGCGACCACUACGGUCACAGAUUCGCAUCCUGCCUCGGACAUGGAUGUGUGUGAUGUCCUUAGGUUAGUUAGGUUUAAGUAGUUCUACGUUCUAGGGGACCGAUGACCUCAGAAGUUAAGUCCCAUAGUGUUCAGAGCCAUUUGAACCAUUUUUAGUUGUCUUUCAUCAAGAUUGCAUGUUUCCAAUAGAGCACACAGAUAUUGGUGAUCGUCUCCUAUUAAUUUUUCUGGUGAAGAGUGUGGGCCUACGACUCUAUCGCUUACAAUUCCGCCCUCACUUCUCCGUUCUCUUCGUCUUUUCCCACUCAUGUGGAGCCGACGUUCUUGACAAGUGUUUUCCAUUUUCCUCGGUUCCAAACUUCCUUUCACUUUCCCUUAAGUCCUCGUAUACAUAGUACGCCUAUCUGUUUCUUGCUUUUUCUCUUCAUCUGUCACCUCCCACUACCGUUUGUAUCAUUCUCUUGCCAAUACAGGUAUCGCUCCUUCUCAUGCCGUGUCCGUCUUGUCUUUUGAACUUUGUCUGAUAUCUUCGUCACUUAAUCUUACCGGCUCUGAUGACGCCACAAUUUUUUCUUCACAUUCUCAUUUCAGCCACACUCAUUUGCCUUACAAAUAUUCCUUAGUUCUUGCACAUGUUCUCUGGUCCCUACAGCAUUCCAGAUUUCACUGCUGACUUAUACAUCAUUCCUAUAGUCUUCAGAUUUAUUCUUGUAUCACACAAUACACCUGACGACCUUUAAGAGUUCAUCCAACCUCACUUGUUCUGUGGGCUACUGCCAUACCCGAAUUGCCACCACGCUGUUAAUCCUGUGUAGUUAAAGCUAUUGACUUUCGUCAGGUAUUGUCUACCAACACAUUGUUACUAAAGCGAAACCCAUGCUUGCUUCCGUGAUCACUCGAUGAUUUGCAUCUGCCCACACGUGGUUAUUGUCGUAAGUUGUUAUCCCAAUCUGUACGAAUAAUGCCGCAUCAGUAAAUAAAAGCAUGUUGUGAACUUCUGAUCUUCAGCGCUCCGCCGUACAAUGAAACAUCGCCAACUACACAUCAUAUUUUAAGAAGAAGAAAGCACUUAUGCAAGAUAUCAUCCCCACAGAAAAUUUAGGCCAUAAAGCUUUUAGUAUGCACUUACGAACUUCCGAAAAUACUGUGUACAAACUUUCUCGCAGAUCAAUUGGAUGUCACUAGCUCCGUCCCACUGAUGUCCGAGUGCGAAGCGCUGUACAGUGGAGUGGCAAUCAGAGCCCUGCUAUUCGUGGGACGUUGAAGGUGAGGGAAGGGGAAUGGGGAGCUGGAUACAUCUUCUCAGUGUGUUUUGAAAUCUCGCUCGAGAAAACAUGCCACGCUACGCGAAAAAUAGUAAUUAAUGUACGUAAUAUGCCAACCUCACACAUAAACAGGUUCAACAUCAUUUUAACAACAAUUUCGUAUUGGUAUUUUGCAGCUAUAUAAACGACUAAAAACCAAAACGGAUAAAACUAACCAACUGAAGCAUUAUUACGAAACGAUUUUCAGGUUACAAUGUAAUCGUAUAAGUCAUGCUGAAAUACGUGAUCCUGCAAAUGUGCUUUAGUUUAACAUUGUCAGCUUUACAACCCAAAGAGAAUAACGUACAAUAGCACUGCACAACUUCUUAAUAACACAUUCAUUCGUUCCAUUCAUUUACACUGCAUUUGUAAACCACAACAUGAAAAUGUUUAAAGCAAAGAGACCUAUGGCACCAGCUACAUGUUACAAACCGCGCACUUUGACGCAAUGAGCACACAGUGACACAUUGUUACCUAUGUCAAAACAGUAUUUUACAAACGUCUUUCUCAUUCCACUGUACAGUACUUCGCCUUCAGGCAUUAAGCGGAUGCAGUGAGCCGGAGUUAGUGACAAACCGACUGGUGCGCGCACAUGCUUAAAACCUGUACUUUCGGGUGUAACUGCGCACUACCGGAAUGACGGCCCAGAUUUUCGUUGCUACAUUUCAGGAUAAUUUUUCAGGACAGUCAAAUUCCACAUUUCACUGUAUGCACAGAAGACAGUGGUCUCACAUACCGCACCUACUGCAAACUCAACAACUAUUUGUAUAAUGUAUUUGCAGCAAACUAUUCGAAAUUAUGUAAUAUCUUCGUAAAUAUUCAUAAACAUGACAAGUUGAAUUCAGCGACCUUAUGUUCCUGUUCCAAAUAGGUCUGUCUUGGUUUUCCCCAACAAUCUUGAGGCACUGUGUAUAUCAAAAGCACAAUAUGCAUCUUCACCAUCCACUCACUGUCUCCCCCUCGCUGGAUGCCCGGUAGCGUGUACAUGACACGUUUUUUCUUGCUUCCCUCCUUCAAAAUUAUAACCUUUGGAGAUUUUUCAUCCGCGUUUCACCUGUGAAUAUAUCAGCUGACGCUCGAGUUCUCGUCUCCAUGUAUUCCUCCUACCGCUACGUCAUCAUGACAACAGCCACGUUUCUUUAUCGAUGUCAAUAGCUCACUGUCACCUUGAUCGCAUUUCAAAGUAUUUCAUUAAAGUUCUUGUACGGGAGCUGUAACAUUUUUCGAGAAACGACAACAAAAGGACGUUUGGGUAUUGGUGUGACUCUGGACUGCGUGUGACUGAAUUACGUCUCUCUACCCUGCUGCAAAAUUCGAAGCAUUUGAGCUGUUUCGCCGUAUUUUCACCGCGGGAUAUGUCACCUUGUAUUUAUGUUUCCAUCCUUAUCAAUCUACCACUGUUUCUCUCGAUUAACGUGCCAUGUUAAAGAAUUUUACUGUAGUUACCAGGACUCCAUUUCUAUGUAAAACUGUGAAAUUUUCUGCCUUUACCGCCCUCCAGUGGAAGACGGUCAUCUUAAAUCACAGAUAUUUCGUUUCUCACACGCUCGUUCGUAAUACUGCUUGCCACUUUCAACAAGCUUUGUUUGUGCAUUACUGCAACGUCUCAAACUUGACGUGUUCUCAGUUAUUUUAACAAUUCUACCGUAUUUCAUUUCCCGACGUCUUAACCGUUCAACGUAGGAAUUUUUUUUAUACCGUUGGAGUUUUUUAUUCCAACCACUCUGAACUGUGGAAGGAAAGCGAUGUGCUAGCGCCAUAGUAUUUUUAGCGUGUUCAGUAGAGUCUUAUCUUGAUAAAAAGCCACAAUGGAAUACUUUUUCUUUUACUCAAUCGUCUUACAUCAGCUUCCGUUCUUAAAAAUAUAUUUUUUAGAUAAUAAGAUCCGAAUUUUCACUGAAUGUAUGACAGUCACAGUAAUACUGUAAUCUGAUAACUGUGUCACAAAUAUAUGCACCUGCAACUUGCACAAAAAAAACAAUAACAACCUGUACUGUUUUCGCACCAUAUCGUCAUUGUAUUUAUAAGAUUCUGCAAACAGUAACUUGUAUGCGUUUUGACUGUGUAUUUUUGUACAGUAAAUUAUGAAUGCAAAAUAAACCUAAUAUUGUACAAUUUC